AAAGCUGGUGAGUAUUCGUAUAAAUUAAUUAGUAAUUAUUUGCUAAAAAUUAGCAAUUAUUUGGAAAAGUAUUAUCAUUACGUGUUUUUUGUUCAUUAUUGUACCUGAAAAACGGGAAAAACUAUUUAGUAAUUCACACUUCACGUACUCUCCAUUGGGGGCAGUGAUGGACAUUCGUGGGAUUUUUCCCUCGAGGGAUUCCUUCCUGCGCAUGCGUAAGCUGACGUCACAGCUACAUGUCGUCUGCUACCAUUUUUAUUUAAAUGUAUUCAGUUAAUAUUGGUAAGGCAUAUCCUUCCAAUAUAUGAUUGUACAUGUAUGUUUCAUGUAUUUGUGUCUUAUGUUCAUUUUUAUGUGCAAUAUUUUUGUUCGAAUACUGGUAAGGUUUUCUGCAGUCUCCUUCUUCUUGGCAAUAAAUGUUGGUAUUCAUGUAAUAAAUCAGCUGUAGACAUAAAAACUAAAUACAUAAUGAAUUGUUUUCCACUUUUCAUUGUAGAUCUAUGCUAUUUUCCUUCAUACAAACUUUUCUCUUUCCCUAUAACUUCCUUACAUUUUGUUCCUUACUGGGAUCCAAUGGUACCCUAAAUUCUAAGUAAGUGUAUACAGCAGUGAGGACUGCAACGCUCGCUCCAGUGCGCAUGAUCAGGAAAAUCCCACGAAUGUCCAUCACUGAUUGGGGGCGCUAGUUUACCUCCUGCGCACCCUUAAGCGGCGGAUUAAACUUCAGCAUGAAUGAAUUUAUCACUAUUAUCAUGAUUAUUAUGUAGUUUAUUAACGUGUUAUCAAAUUUUUAUGAAACAGUGGGAAAAAACGAAAAUUUGAAUAUAUUAUACUUAAAUGGAAACGUUUAAUAAAUAGAAAAUUAUGUUUGAGGUGAAAAACAAUAAAGUAAUGUAUUUCAUUUUUGUGUACAAAGUUUUAUAAAGUUAUAAAAAAAUGAGUAGUGUGAAACUCGAUGUACAGUGGUCUCCUGUCCAUGCAAAUAAAUUCAUUACUUGGGGUACUGAAAUUUGUCUAUAUGAAGUCACACAAGUAAAAGACAGUAUUAGACAAUUAUAUGCAAAGAUUUCUGAUUCUACUGUAGCUUAUUUACUUGCUACAAAUACAAAUCACCAUUAUGUUAAAUGCAUAGAUAUAUAUCCUCAGUUGGAACCAGAUAUAUUGUUAGCUGUUGGACAAGCAAAUGGAAAAGUUGUUUUGACUACAUUUGGCCCUACAGUUUUUGAUUCUCAAGGUCUUAGCGGAAAAGAACUAGUUCCAAAACAUGCAAGACAAUGUAACACAGUUGCUUGGAAUCCCAUAGAUACAAAUUUAAUCGUAUCUGGUUUAGAUAAACAUAGUAAAGAUCAUUCCAUCUUAUUAUGGGAUAUAAAUAAAGGUGUGCAAAGUUCUGAAAGAGUGCAUCACCAUACUACAAUACAAACAGAUUCUGCAAGACCUAUAGCAGAAGUAAGCGUUUCCGAAACUGUACAUUCUGUUGCUUGGUUUAAACAUGAACAAAAAUGUAUGGCAGUUGGAGCAAAUAAUAAGCAAUUGAAAAUCAUUGACUUUAGAGAUUCUGCAAAAGUAAUAAAUACAGCAGCGACUAAAGCUGUUUAUAAUGUAUCAGUUAACCCACACAAUAAUUACCACUUAGUCUCCAGCAUUGACAAUCAAAUAACAAUUUGGGAUACACGCUGUUUUGAAAAACCUGUUUUAACGUUAUCGCAAGGUAGACAAAUUACUAAAGUUCUAUGGUGCCCUACGAGACACAAUCUCUUGGGAGCUUUACAAAAGGACUCUGUGACAUUACAUUUGUAUGACAUUCAACACUGUGGAACUGGUGGAGGAGAAGAUACAGAACCUGGAGCCUUAGAAAGAACAGUUGCACCACCUUGGCAUAAUCCUUUAAGUUUUUCAUGGCAUCCAACCCAUGUGAAUAGGUUAUUGGCAAUAUCACAACAAGGACUCACAGAUUAUACAGUUUGUGAAAGAAUUACAGUAAAUUGGUCUACGCGAUCCCAUCUUGCUUGGAAUCAUGCUUCUAAGUCAUUUAAAUAUAUUUGCAGCAAUGACAACAUAUACAAAGCGUUAGAUGACAUUUCUAUAUUAACUAAAACACGUGCAAGUUUGGAAUAUGGAUUACUUCCAGAACUGACUCAGAAUGGUGAUCUGGCCGAGGAUGAUACUCUAAAGAACUUGUGGCAAUGGCUGUAUUUAAGUCGUUAUUUGGUAGAAGAUGGCGCAAUAUCUAGUCCAGACAAUAAACAUCCUGGAGUCAGAACAGUCCUAAAAUUAGACGGCCAACAAGGAUCUAAUGGUUUCUUGAAAUCAGAAUUGAUGCAUCGACCCUGGUCAGAUAUAGGAUCAAAUUAUACUGCAAAAAUUUAUAGAUCUCCAGAUAGAGAUAAGGGACUGCUUUUAUGCGGUUGGAGAUUCGACAAGGAUACAAACACUCCUUACGAUAAUUUAUUUUUAGAAAGGUUAGAAAGAGAAGGAGCAUAUCCGAGAGCAGCGGCGAUAGCAGUAUUUAAUUUGUGUUUACGACAAGCUAUAGAAAUUUUGAAUCGAGGAGCUAGUAAAAUGUCGAUGUCCGCAAAUUUAAAUAUUGUCGCUAUGGCUUUAUCGGGAUUUUCUGAAGACAGAAACAGUAUGUGGCGGGAAUCGUGCUUAAAAUGUAGAGCGCAACUUUCAGAUCCAUAUCUAAGAGCAACUUUUGCUUUUUUGACGGCAGAUGAUUCAUAUGAAAACGUUUUAAAUGAAAAUGGUAUGGCAGUUGAGGACCGAGUAGCGUUCGCGCUUAUGUUUUUAUCGGACAAUAAAUUGAACGAAUAUUUAAAAAAAUUGACCCAAAAUCUAACUGACGAGGGAAAUUUAUCCGGUUUCCUUUUAACAGGUGCAAGUUUCGACAGCAUACAAUUAUUAAAUCGAUAUUUAGAAAUUACCGGUGAUGUUCAAAGUUGUAGUCUCAUAGCUAUUAGGGCAUUUACUCCGAAAUUACUCCAAGAAAACCAAGUUCAAGUAUGGAUUACUAGUUACAGAGAUCUGCUGAAUGCGUGGAAAAUGUGGACUCAAAGAGCACAUUUUGACAUUGCAAUGCGAUCUGCAACGAAUGAAAAACCUCCGCAACAAAUAUACGUAUCUUGCAAUUUUUGUGGUAAAAGCAUAUCUGCAUUUAUGCAAGGUCUAAGUAGAACAAGGGGUCCGUUUGGUAGAUUAGGAAGUACACCCAAUAAGUUAAAGAUGUCUUCUUGUCCAAAUUGUCGAAAACCAUUACCACGAUGUGCAAUUUGCUUGAUGCACAUGGGCACCGUAAGCGGAUUACAAAUGACAACAUCUGGUGUUAGUAGAAACGAAGAAUGUGAUAAUAAACUAACAGAGUUCAGUAACUGGUUUACAUGGUGUCAAACAUGUAGACACGGUGGCCAUGCUGAUCAUAUUACACAUUGGUUCAGGCAACAUUCUGAGUGUCCAGUAACAUCAUGUACUUGUAGAUGCUUCUCCUUAGAUGCAUCAUGCAAAAUAGGAGUGGGUAUCUCAUAAACAGAAACCAUGCGUUCUAGGAAUUUUGAAUAGUACUGACAGUGACUUUUAUA